AUGUCAAAUUUAAAAGUUGGUUCGUACGAUAAUUUAACACUUCGAUCAAAUGAACAUUCAUUUUUGGGUUAUCAAUCACCACGUGAUCAUUACAAUAGUACAAUGUCAAGUUUAGUCUAUGAAACAGAUUCAGGAAUUGUUGAAUCAUCGUCUGACACAAAUUUAGAUGAUAGUCUUUCAAGAUAUAAACAUAAAAAACCACGAACAGUCUUUGAAUCAAAACUACUAUCAUCAUCGGAACCACAAAUAUUCAUAGAACCAACUAAAUCUCCAUCAUACGUUAGUGAACGUUCAUGGUAUCAAAAUGAACCUCAAAUGUAUUACACUAAAUCAACUGUCAUUGGCUGGAAUACACCUGCAACUGUUGAAAAUCGUGUAACUAGAACAAGUUACGAUGAAUAUUAUGACAGAUUAUUAGGUUCACAUGAUUAUGAACAGCCUUCUUAUACCAAUUAUCGACCGAUAUAUGAUAAUUUAUCAGGUUCACGUGAUUAUGUACAGCCUUCUUAUACCAGUUAUCGACCAAUAUAUGACUUAAACACACCUAGCAGUACACCACGGCAUUCAUUAUCAACGAAUAAUCGUUAUUAUAAUAUUCGAAAACUUUCCUAUGAUACAAUUUUAUGUAAAAGAAAUAAUAACCAAUUUAUUGCAAAACGAAGCGAAGAAAUUCCAGAAUGGAUUAAGCGUUUAGUUGCAAUGCUUCCUUCAUAA